AUGGCCGUCAAUAGUACCAUCAAGCAGUUUAUAAAGGUGGGACUAGCUGCUCGCACAGCCGCAAACACUCUGCAUCCGACGGUGACCAUCGAGAAGUCCGGUGAGGGGGAGUACACACUCACCACCGCGAGCACCUUCAAGACCUCCAAGAUCACUUUCAAGCUUGGUGAGGAGUUCGAAGAGAAGACGCAGGAUGGCCGUAUUGUGAAGACCACCAUGGUCCUCGAGGGAGAUGCGUUGAAGGCGACGCAAUUGGGCGGUGACAAGGUGACGACCCUCAUCCGAACCGUGGAGGGCGACUGCAUGAAAAUGACUGUUCAGGUGGAUGAACUGGUUGCCCAUCGAUGCUACAAACGCGUCUAA